AUGUCAAAGUGCACCACAGUCAAGUUCACGACAAAGUUUCUUAUUGUGGCAAGUGGUGAGAAUAGUGCAGAGAAUAUUCCAAUGUUCCCUGGACUGGAAAGCUUUCCAGGUGAUGUUAUCCACUCCUCAAGCUACAAGUCAGGCAAGAGCUACUCUGGCAAGAAUGUAUUGGUCGUUGGAUCUGGCAACUCCGGGAUGGAAAUUGCUUAUGACCUUGCGACCCAUGGUGCCAACACAUCGAUUGUUAUACGAAGCCCGAUUCAUGUAAUGACAAAGGAAUUAAUUCGUUUGGGGAUGACACUUGCUCACCAUCUUCCAUUGAAUCUAGUGGAUAAACACCUUGUGAUGGCAGCGUAUUUAAUAUUUGGAGACAUGUCACAGCAUGGCAUCACAAGGCCAAAAAUGGGUCCAAUGACCCUCAAAUAA